AUGACGGACUCCAAAUCGCUUCCUAUCCCACCAGCCGACGAGAUCCACAAAGAACAUGCAACAGUUAUCAUUGUUGGCGCAGGUCCUGUGGGCCUAUUCCUCGCUCUCAAGCUCGCCAUCAAGGGAGUGGAUGUCUUAGUGCUCGAGGCAGAGCCGACAGUCCUGCAAAGUCCUAGGGCAACAACAUAUAUGCCAAUCGUGUUGAACGAAAUGGAAAAGGUCGGCCUCGCCGACGAUGUCAUUAGACAAGGGCAUAAGAACCAAGAAGGUGUUAGUUUCCGAGAGUCGCACGCCAAGGGCGGCAAGGUUUUGGGCGCUUUGAAGAUGUCGCAAGUUCCAAAGGGACAUGUCAAGUAUGAUUUUGUCGGGGUGCAUAUGGGACAACACGAUCUGGCAGAACUCAUUCUGAAGCACUGCGGGCGGCACCCUUCGUUCCGGAUUCGAUGGCAGCAUCGCUUUGUUGGCGUCCAGCAAAGCUCUCCUGACAAGCCGGUGGACGUGGCUGCUGUUGGCCCCAAGGGUGAGAACUUCUUCACCUGCGACUACUUGGUGGGUGCAGAUGGUGCUGGAAGUGCUGUCAGGCGCUCUCAAUGCAUCCCGUUCGAAGGUUUCACGUGGAACGAUUUCAGGUUUGUCGCAUCCAACGUCAAGUACGACUUCGAAAAGUACGGCUUCACCACUGCAAACAUGAUCGUCGACGAGGAAGAUUGGGCCGUUAUUGCCAGGACCGGCCCCGGCGAUCAGCCCUGGCGAGUUGCAUUUGGUGUCCGAACAGACGUGCCGGAGUCUGAAAUCCUCAAGCAGUUGCCGUCAAAGUACGAGCGCCUACUUCCCGGCCCCCGACCGCUGCAGUACGAACUUGUCAGCGCCAACCCUUACUGGGCUCAUCAACGAUGUGCAAAGUCGUGGAAGGUUGGAAAGAUUGUUCUCUGCGGCGAUGCCGGACAUUCUAAUAAUCCUGUGGGCGGGUUGGGUCUCACCACAGGCUUCCUUGAUGCCGCGGCUCUUGGUAACUGUUUGGUAAGGAUCCUCGUGAAUGGAGAAGAGGGCGACUCGCUGUUGCAGCGGUAUGCCGAGGUCCGCCGCUCGGCCUGGUUGGACUACACCUGCAAUGCCUCGAUCGAAUUCAAAUUGCGCUUGCAUUCGACGGAUCCUGAGGUGGUGGCCAGUAGGGAUGCUUGGUUCCAUUCGCUCAACACGGACCCCGAUGUUCACAAAAAGGCGGCGUCAAUGAUGAACAGUUCCAUCGAGGACAUGUUUGAAGUACCGGCCCCCUCAAGCGACGAAAGCUCCAAGUCCAGAGAAGCAACCUCGGAGAGUGUAUCAGUAACUGCUUGA